GAGAGAGAGAGAGAGAGAGAGAGAGAGAGAGAGAGAGAGAGAGAGAGAUGCCUUCGGUACCAAGUGCCUACGCAGAAUCAUGGGGUAUCGCUGGAAUGAUUUUGCGUUAAACCGGCGACUACUCCUUGAGGUCCGGGAGUGAAGUGAUGCGGCCCCUGGGGUACCCACCUGUAAUCACCCGCUUCCCCGUCCCCUUAGAUGAUCUGGAAAGGCGGGUACCGUGGCCCCGCCAUCACGCUGGAGGAGGCGCUGCGUUGGGUACCCCCGGAGCGGCGAGCUAAGGCCAGGGUGCUGGACGUGGCCGCUGGGACGGGCUGCGUGGGCCGCGAACUCCACCGGGAAGGCUUCAGGCACAUAGACGCUGUGGACCCGUCGGAGGGCAUGAUGAAGCAGCGGGAGACUGGCAUCUAUACCAACGACUUCCUGGAGUUUAUCGGCAGCGGACACUCCACCGUGCCCAAAGGAGGCUUCGUGAUCAUCGUGAUGCGCCAUGAGUUCCUACAGACCGUGCCUUCCUACAAGGACAAGCUGGAGCCUUACAUGGACCAGCUGGAGGCGGACGGGAAGUGGAAGAAGGUGGAGCGGCGCAUCGUCCCAAACUAUUUAUGUGACAAGGAGGGUCUCGUCUUCGUCUUCCGCAUCACUAAGCCUGAGUGAGGAGGAAGAGGAGGGAAGGGAAAGGAGAGAGAUGAAGAGGAGGAGUUAUAGUGGUGUUGUGCCAAGGCUGUCUCUGUGUAACAGCCUUGGCUUUCGUCGCGGCACCCGAGACUGAGGUGAAUUAUCGUGCUCUGGCAACCUGGCGUCAUGGCGUCUACGAUGUUAUAUGAUAGUCUACGCAUAGGGCACAUUUGUCUGUAUUAAU